AUGGACGCCACUAUCGGAUUCUAUAUGGCUUCACUGUUAUGCCCUGGGAGUAUACUAUUCAGUAUCUAUCUAGACGACAUACCGCGCGAUGACAUUUAUUUGCGGGUCUUUGCCGCGACUGCAGCCAAGCUUCUGUUUUCAUACAGUGAAACUCCUCGUUGGACUUCGGUCACCGAGGGUUCAGUGAGGACUGUGGAGACUGCGAUAGUGCGAUGCGGCAUAGCUGCCGCAUACUGGAGUCCAUACAGGGACGUCCGGCUGGCGCUGGUUUCCCUCUCGCUACAGUAA